AUGCCGCUUUCGAAUCGCCGUCGCGCACGGCGCAAGGAAAUCCAACUACAGGAAACGUCUGACGCGGAGGUCCCGGACUCAUCACCUAGUCGACCAUCCACUAAGAAGCGCAAGGUGAGUGUGGUUGACCGCCGCACCUCGCCUCCCAGAACCACCGUCAAAGCAGCCGACUCCGGUGAUGAAGCCGAGGAGUCGGCGGGGGAUCAAGAACCCGCAACCAACCAGGAUCUGGUUGACCUGGUGAUCUCAUACCUGAAUGCCCCGCGCGAAGAACAGCGCGUGGCCCGCGACCACUCUAACAUCAAAACCGGGAAUAAGGAGAGCAUCGUCCAGGCGUACGCGAAGAUCGCUGGUCGCAGCUGGACCUACUACGUCAAGACACAACAUGUCAACAUUGGCCGGGAACCGGAUCGCGAGCAGAAAUCCAACGAGCAAUCGAGCCCCGUGAGUAUUGCUGCCCGCGCGCUCCCGGAUGUCCAUGUCGACCUGGGCCCGAGCAAGUUCGUCUCGCGCCUGCAUGCCGAGAUCUUCUACGAUGGCGAAGACACGCCUUCCUGGCAUAUCCGAGUCAACGGGCGCAACGGCGUGCGCCUCAAUAACACGAUCAUCAAGCGCGGCACCGAUGCGAUCCUCUCGUGCGGCGACAUCAUCCAGGUGGCUGACUCGCAGAUGAUGUUUGUUACCCCCGGCGAUGAACCGAACAUUCACCCGAAUUUUAUCCAGCGUGCCCAGCGCAUCGCCAAUGGCGAGCUGCCUGACCCCAAUUCGUCUACUUGGGAUGCUUCUCAACAUGCCCAUCCGCCGACGUCCCAGGCGACCGAGCCGGCGCGCCCAUCCUCAUCAGGCGGUCCCUCGCUGGCGCCGGCUCCGCAGUUCCUCAAGCGCCAGGUGACGCCGCCGCCGCGCUCGCCUGACACUAUCGGCGCGCGAACGGCCAAGCAGUCGCCUCUCUACAACCGAGGCAUGAUGAUGGAGAGCACCGAGGAUAUCGAUUACAGCAAAGAUGCCGCCAAGGACUUGAAACCGCCCUACAGCUAUGCCACGCUCAUUGCGCAGGCCAUCUUCUCGAGCGAGGAGGAGAAACUUACCCUGAACAGUAUCUACAACUGGAUCAUGGAGCGAUACGCCUUCUACCGCCACUCCCAGAGCGGCUGGCAGAAUUCCAUCCGCCACAACCUGUCAUUGAACAAGGCGUUCCAAAAAGUGCCACGUCGAACCGACGAGCCGGGCAAGGGUAUGAAGUGGCAGAUUGCACCAGAGUAUCGGGAAGAAUACCGGAAAAAACAGACUCGAAAAGGCACCCAGUCGUCUGCCCCGUCCUCGCCUGCCACUAAAGAGCCCCCAUCGUCAUCACGCGGAACCCAUGUUGCGUCGCUGGACACUUCCUUCUCGGCUGCUGCCAAAAAGUCCCCGCCUGUUUCAUCGCCCGGGUUCAGCUCAUUCCCUGUGGCUCCGGUGGAGGCCUACACUCCCGAGCGUGGUUCUCGGGCCGGUCGCGGGGUCGGCUCGGACCAUCCGCUCCGGCACAUGAAUCCGCAAGACUACGAGGAACCGUCCCCGCUCCCAGCCCGCUCACGCAACAACGCGGGUGGGCCAAGCCGAGCGCAGACCAGCACGAACAAUCUCAGCCGCGCGUAUGGACUGUCGGACAAUAUGGCCGGGUCUCCGCCGGUGCUUUCAUCAUCCUAUUAUGACGAAGGACCCUCAUCAAUGAUCACGCCGGCACCGCAGCGUCAGCAACCGCGACUGCCGCCACCCAGCACAGCACAGAUUCCGUCCAAAUUCAUGCCCAUGAGCUCGCCCGCACAGUUCUGGAAGUUUGCGGAUAUCGGCAGCACCCCGGCCCGUCCUGUGCCGGACAUCAGCCCGAUCAAGGGCGAACCUGAUGAUCGUAUCAUUAGUGGUUUCCCAAGUAGCAGUCCUCCCCCACCGAACUUGGCAAGCCCCAGCAAACCCGGCACGACCAACGGGCUGGGGUCCAACCGGACCCUACCACCGCUGCGGCCAGAGACUGGCGAUGUGGGCGCAAAUGGGGCCCGGAAGGAAGAGCGAAUAGAGGAAGAAGACGAAGAUGAUGGAGGAGGGUUUGACCUGGCUCGGGGAUUCCAACCUAUUGGCACUUACCAUCGGCAGUUGAGCAAUGCUGCCCGGGCGACUGCCACAUAG